UCGCAAAUGGUAUGUGUCUACUGACCUAUAUCACGUGACUUCACUUUUGGCGCUCCAUUCAAGACGUCCAUUUCUCAGGGCUAGGCUGUUGUCCAAGUUUCUCCUCAAAAAUCCCCCCAAAUUCUUAUCUACUUCAAGAUGUACGUCCUUAAGAGAGAUGGCCGUCAGGAAAAAGUCCACUUUGACAAGAUCACCUCUCGGAUCCAAAAGCUCUGCUAUGGACUCAACAUGGAUUUCGUCGACCCAACCAAAAUCACCAUGAAGGUCAUCAAUGGCCUGUACUCCGGGGUGACCACUGUGGAGUUGGACACCCUGGCCGCGGAGACGGCUGCCACCAUGACCGUGAAGCACCCCGACUACGCCACCCUGGCUGCCCGCAUCGCCAUCUCCAACCUCCACAAGGAGACCAAGAAGGCCUUCACUGAUGUCAUGGAGGAUCUGUACAACUGGGUGAACCCCAAGACUAACCAACAUUCCCCUAUGAUCUCCAAGAAACUCAUGGACCUUGUCAUGAAGAACGCAGAUAGGCUGAACUCGGCUAUCAUCUAUGACCGGGACUUCAAGUACACCUACUUUGGCAUCAAGACUCUUGAGAGGUCCUACCUUCUAAGGAUAGAUGGAAAAGUUGCGGAGCGCCCUCAGCAUAUGCUGAUGAGGGUAGCCCUAGGAAUCCACUAUGAGGACCUCGAUGCUGCAAUUGAGACAUACAACUUGAUGUCUGAGAAGAAGUUCACCCACGCCUCUCCAACUCUCUUCAACGCUGGCACCAACAAGCCACAGCUCUCCAGUUGCUUCUUGCUGACCAUGAAGGAUGACAGUAUAGAUGGGAUCUACGAGACCCUGAAGCAGUGUGCUCUCAUCUCCAAGUCUGCAGGGGGCAUUGGGGUCAACAUCCACAAGAUCAGGGCUUCAGGCAGCUUCAUUGCAGGGACCAACGGGACAUCUAACGGUCUCCUCCCCAUGUUGAGAGUCUUCAACAACACGGCACGCUAUGUGGACCAGGGAGGAAACAAGCGCCCUGGUGCCUUUGCCAUGUACUUGGAGCCAUGGCACGCCGACAUCUUCGAGUUCCUGGAUGCUCGCAAGAACACGGGUAAGGAGGAGCAGCGCGCACGUGACCUGUUCUACGCCAUGUGGAUCCCUGACCUGUUCAUGAAGCGCGUGGAAGAGAACGGGGAGUGGACGCUGAUGUGUCCGCACGAGUGUCCCGGGCUCGAAGACUGCUGGGGGGAGGAGUUCGAGAAGCUGUACGAAGGCUAUGAGAAGGCUGGUAAGGGUCGUCGGACAGUGAAAGCCCAGCAGGUGUGGUAUGCUAUCAUCGAGGCCCAGACGGAGACAGGAAACCCCUACAUGCUGUACAAGGAUGCCUGCAACAGCAAGUCUAACCAACAGAACCUCGGCACCAUCAAGUGCAGCAACCUCUGCACAGAGAUUGUGGAGUACACCAGCCCUGAUGAGGUUGCAGUGUGCAACCUUGCCUCCAUCGCAGUGAACAUGUACGUGAAGCCAGACGGAACUUACGACUUCGAGAAACUGAAAGAGGUCACAGUGGUCAUCACACGCAACCUGAACAAGAUCAUUGAUGUCAACUACUACCCUGUCCCUGAGGCUGAGAACUCCAACAAGAAGCACCGGCCCAUCGGUAUCGGCGUGCAGGGCCUUGCUGACUGCUUCAUCCUCAUGCGGUACCCGUUUGAGAGCGAGGAGGCUCAGCACCUCAACAAGCAGAUCUUUGAGACCAUCUACUACGGAGCCAUGCAGGCCAGCUGCGAGAUCGCCAAGGAGCUGGGUCCCUACGAGACCUAUGAAGGCUGCCCUGUCAGUAAGGGUAUCUUCCAGUACGACAUGUGGAACGUGACCCCAACUGACCUCUGGGACUGGGCAGCACUCAAGGAACAGGUUAAGCAGCAUGGUGUCCGGAACAGCCUGCUGUUGGCCCCCAUGCCCACAGCCUCCACAGCACAGAUCCUGGGCAACAACGAGUCCAUCGAGGCUUACACCAGCAACAUCUACACCAGGAGGGUACUGUCUGGGGAAUUCCAGGUUGUGAACCACCACCUGAUGACUGACCUGACAGAACUGGGCCUGUGGAACGAAGAAAUGAAGAACAUGAUCAUUGCUAACAACGGCUCAGUGCAGAACAUUGAGGUUAUCCCAGAGACUAUCCGUAACCUGUACAAGACCACGUGGGAGAUUUCACAGAAAACCGUGAUCAAGAUGGCGGCAGACCGUGGCGCCUUCAUCGAUCAGAGCCAGUCUCUCAACAUCCACAUCGGCGAGCCCAACUACGGAAAGAUCACCAGCAUGCACUUCUACGGCUGGAAACUGGGUCUGAAGACAGGCAUGUACUACCUGCGCACACGCCCUGCCUCCAACCCUAUCCAGUUCACUGUGGACAAGUCAAAGCUGGCACAGUCGACCAAGGCAGAGAAGGAAAAACAGCUGGAGGCCAUGGUCUGCUCUCUCGAAAACAAGGACGAAUGUUUGAUGUGUGGGUCCUAAAGAAAUUCUAACAGAAAGAGUGUAACAAAAUCUGUACCCAAAACUUAUUGUUUUCCAGUUAUGUUGUCGUUGUUUCUCCAUUGUAUACAGUUCAAUCCAAUCAUGAUCAACAAGCACUCUGAAAUGCAUGUUAUACAACACCAUUGAUCAUCUUUCAUUGUUUUGUGAACUUUACAGAAAAGCUAUUCGCAAAACUGUCACUCUAUGAAAUAUAAAAAAAAAAUGAUUUAAUAGUACAUUAUAACAAAUAGUUUGUAUGUUACUAAUAGGGAAGACUAUUAUAAAGAUAUACAUGUAUUGUUUUUUCCUUGUAUGUAUACCAAGAAGUUUGAAACUUUGGAAAAUCAGACUACUUUGCCCACAUUGCAGAAAUGGACUCUUGACUCUGUAUUAUAUAUUUGUACAGGAGAAAGUGGAAUUUUUGUGAUAGCGUUAUAGUCACGUUUUUACAGUAGUGGAAACACUGACGCUUCAAGUUCUCGGUGAAGAAAACCAAAAGACAAGAACAAUAAAUACUGCAAACAUAAAUGCAUUUGCAUAGUGACAAUAUGCUUCUUGUAUAUUAUCUUAUCCUACUUUGUGUACUGAAGACUAUAGUUAUACUUAUAGAGGUAGUUGAAAUGUCUAAAGUUCUCCCAAAUCUGAAGUGACCAGUGAUACUUUCUGGUGGUCAACCUACUUUGUUUCACCGUUAUACCAAAAUAACUUUAGGAGACUUAUUAAUAGUGUUACACUUAAGACAUCAAGUACUCUUAUAGAUGUGUGCAUGUUUACUUUAACUGUGGUGUCUUGGUGCAGACGACUUGAAGUUUUUUUGUCUUCUUCCACGGCCAACAAGCACUGCCCCGAAUGAUGUAACUGUGUGUAUAUGUGGCUAAGUGGUUAGAAUAAAGGCUAUUUUCAAGUCUCU